AUGAAUAAAGUUGGAAUUGGUGCCUUAUUAGAGAAUAAAUUGAAGAAGGAAAAAGUUGAUGAUAUGAUGGAUAAGUUGUUUCUUGACUGGGAUUAUUAUAGCAGCAAUGCCACAGAAGGAAUAAUCUUAGUUAUUUGGCAGAAAACGUUUAUCAAAGUUCAGAUUCUGAUGGAGCACCAACAGUUUGUUCACUGUUUGGUUAAGCUUACUGAUGUGCAGACGAUUUUUUUGGUCACGUUUGUCUAUGGCCUUAAUACCAUGGAAGAGAGAUUGGAGUUAUGGAAGGGUCUUUCAUUUACACCUUUACCUGAUAAACCUUGGUUGAUUGUUGGAGAUUUUAACGCUGUUUUUCACUUCGAUGAUAGAGCUGGUGGGAAGACAAUAAGUGAUGCUGAGAUAUAUGACUCCACUGCAUGGAUAGCACAAAUUCUGAUGGCUGGUCUCAAGAGUAUUGGCUCUAAGUGUACUUGGUCUAAUAGGCAGGAUGGGAGGGAUAGGGUAUACUCGAAGAUUGAUCAUGCUUUUAUUAAUGAAAAUUGGGUGGAUGCUUUGCCUAACACUAUUGCUGAGUUUCAAUGGGAUGUUAACUCUGAUCAUUGUUAUUGUCUUAUUAAAACUCACAAACAUGGAAAUUUGGGCACAAAACCUUUUAAAAUUUUUAAUCUGUGGAUUGCUCACCGAGGGUUCAAUGAGGUUGUUAGAAGUAUUUGGAACAAACCUAUGGCAGUGAGGGGAUUACAGGGUGUGAUAAAAAAGUUGCUCCGGCUUAAGCAUGUUUUAAAAGCAUUCAACAGGGACGAAAUUGAAGAUGUAGAGAAGGGAUAUCAUCAAGCUAAAGGUGAUUAUCAAUUGGCUCUAAACAGAGCUCAAGAAUUCCCAAUAGAUUUCUUAGUUCAGGAACCUGAAAAAGUUGCAGCAGCCAGAUAUCAAUAUCACCAGGCAAUAGAUGAGAAUAGAAUUGUUUCAUUUCAGAAUGAGCAGGGAGUGGUUAUUGAUGAUUACAAUGCAGUUGUUCACCAUUUUCUGGACCAUUUCCGAGGUUAUAUGGGAAGCUCUAGUUCAGCAAUUAGCACUAUUAACUCUCAGUGCAUUGAUUUUGGUCCUUGCCUGGAUAUCGAGAUGCAGCUGAAGCUUAUCAGGAAAUUUAGAAAAUCUGAUGUAAAAAAGGCUUUGUUCAGCAUUCCGGGUACUAAGAGUCCAGGGCCUGAUUGCUUUGGCUCUGAGUUCUACAAGGCUAUGUGGAGGAAUGCUUCCUCGAGAUGUGCCUUGAAGAUAGAUUUGAGCAAAGCCUAUGAUACGGUUGACUGGUGCUUUUUAGAGGGGUUGUUGGUCAGUCUGAGAUUUCCUACCAAGUUCAUCUGUUGGGUGAUGGUGUGUCUCCGAGGAAAUGCUUAUUUACUUAUGAUGAAUGGGAGAUUGCAGGGGGGAUUCCAUGGUGUUAAGGGUCUUCGUCAAGGAGACCCUAUAUCCCCUUUAUUAUUUUUCCUAGUAAUGGAAUACUUCACCCGGUUACUUCAGCUAGGAGCUACUCAACAUGAUUUCAAGUUUCAUCCUCUGUGUAAAAGUCUCAAGAUUAUCAACCUGUGCUUUGCUGAUGAUUUAAUUAUCUUCUAUAAAGCUAAUAAAGGCUCAAUUCAAUGUGUAAAACAUAUUUUUGAGGCCUUUUGCAACAGUACAGGAUUGAAGGCUAAUCACAGUAAAUCACAUGUUUACUUUGGAGAAGUUCUGAACUCAGACAAGAUUAGUUUGCUUCAGAUUUUGCAGUUUGAAGAGGGAACUUUUCCUCUUAAAUAUCUUGGGGUUCCUAUGAGGCCAACAAAAUGGAAAGCGGCAGAUUGUGAGGUGAUUUAA